CAAGAGGGUACGGAGUCUGCGCGAGGGAUUCUAACAAUGAGAACGAUACUCCGCUCGACUUUCGACUUCCGUUUCCGUUAGUUCUGCCACUUCACCCGCGUAACUUGCUCAGUCCUUAAAUUUCCGUAAGGUAUCCCUACACGCACCGCAAGAUGGGUAGGGAGGACAAAGCAACCUGGAAGUCCAAUUACUUCACCAAACUCAUUCAACUUUUGGAUGACUAUCCCAAGUGCUUUAUUGUGGGUGCGGACAAUGUCGGCUCGAAGCAAAUGCAGCAGAUCCGUAUGUCUCUCCGAGGCAACGCGGUUGUACUCAUGGGAAAGAACACCAUGAUGAGGAAGGCGAUUCGUGGGCAUGUGCAACGCAACGCAGCCCUCGAGAAGCUCUUGCCUCACAUCAAGGGAAACGUCGGUUUUGUUUUCACUCGUGGUGAUCUCGUCGAAAUCAGGGACAAACUUUUGGAGAACAAAGUUCGAGCUCCUGCUCGUAAUGGCGCCAUCGCACCCUUGAGCGUUAUCAUUCCUGCUCAAAACACUGGUCUCGGUCCCGAAAAAACUUCUUUCUUCCAGGCCUUGAGCAUUCCAACGAAAAUUUCCAAAGGAACCAUUGAAAUCAUCAACGAUGUGCACAUCUUGAAACCCGGCGACAAAGUCGGCGCUUCAGAAGCCACGCUUUUGAACAUGCUCAACAUCUCGCCGUUUUCGUACGGUCUCCUCGUCGAGCAGGUUUACGAUUCCGGCACUAUUUUUGCCCCGGAAAUUCUCGACAUCAAACCUGAGGAUCUCCGCGUAAAAUUCCUUGCCGGAGUCGCCAAUCUCGCUUCGGUAUGUUUGGCUAUCGGCUACCCAACCAUCGCCAGCGCUCCUCACAGCGUCGCAAAUGGGUUCAAAAAUCUUCUGGCUAUCGCUGCUGUCACCGAAGUCGAAUUCGCGGAAGCUACCACCAUCAAGGAGUUUAUUAAGGAUCCGAGUAAAUUCGCCGCAGUUGCGAGCGCUCCUGCCGCAGCGGCUGCGAGCGCAGCUCCAGCAGCUGAAAAGAAAGAAGAAAAGAAGGAAGAAUCCGAGUCCGAAGAUGACGACAUGGGUUUUGGUCUAUUUGACUAAUUUCCAUUAUUACGACCUUCAAAUGACUUCGAGGAUGAAUCAAUGACGCCUCGAGCUCGACCGACUGUACAAAAUCGCUCAAUUACCAUCACCGUCACAUGAAAACUCUGCUGUUCUUGUCGACGUCCGAAUAAAGUACAGAAACAACAA